AAGAUGAACACACUCUUAACAUUUUAUCUGAUCACUCACCAUUAACUAGUUCUAUUUCCUUACCCAUACCUCUUAAUAUUGCUAAGCUUAUGAGUAGAUAUGAUAUUCAGUCUACACAAGAAAAUUCUGAUAAUAAGAAUAUUCAAAGUAAAGAAGAACAGAAUAUUGACAUAGAGAUAAAUGUUAUACAUAAACAAUUACCUUCUGCUAUGGCUACUAGUUCUUGGGUUAUUAAUUAA